UCUAACAGAAAGAUUUUGUCAUUGAAUGCAUUUUGUCCACAUAAUUGAUAAAUGAUCCACAGUUCAGCUCACAUAGUUUUGAAAAAGUGACUCAAGUAUUGAGAAACUGGUCCUAGUGAUUGUAUAAAAAACUGUAAUGUUCAAAACAAGUUUUAACAAACUUGAAAGAAGUACUUCCAAAAAGUUCAGUUCAGUUUACUGAGAACACAAAUUUCUGAAUAAAAAACAGAUUAGAGUUGGUGUGUUUGCUGACGUCUGACCGUUACUGACACUUUAAAAGCAGUUUCACUUCCUCCAGGGAGCAAAAGAAAUUUCAGAGCUGCUGUUCAACACGACAGUUCAGAAGAGAAAAAAGAAGAGUCUACAAAUAUUGUUUGAGUUUUCAGAAACAUUCAGAUGAAAUCCUGCAGGCGCCGUGCCUUCUCCGUACAUGAAAUAAAAGCACAUCCUUGAAUGAGCAUGGAUUUCCAGCGUAUUUACUUGAAGUUAUCAGCAGUGAGUCAGUGAAGGACGAUGGCAUCUGCUGAACCGCACUAUGACGCACCAGAUGAGCAGGAAGAAGAAAAGCUGAAACACAAGGAAGUCCAGAUGAGCAGCAGCACUCACUGUGGGGUCGGUGUUGAUGUAAACGCUGAAACAGGAGCAACUGUAAAUGCACCUUUACUCACUGGAAACACCUUCACAGGCCCAGUGAACAUCUACAGCUCUGCAGGAAAUGUGUCACAAAAAUCCUCAGAGAGAGAGCCAGAGAAGCACACAGUAGAUCAAGGCUCAACUGCAGAAGACAGUAAAGCUGCUCAUGAUUACACAGAGACCAGCCGCAGAUUGAAGGACAAAUUAAAACAGGAGUGUGAGCGAAUAUUGGUUGGUAAUUCUCAGACGGGUCAUCAGAAAUACCUGAACGAUAUUUACACUGAUCUAUAUGUGGUGGAGAAUGAGACUGGAGGAAUAGUGAGUGAGCACGAGGUGAGACAGAUCGAAUUCAAACAAUUUGAUGCCAAGGACACACCGAUCCAGUGCAAUAAUCUUUUUAAAGUCAAUAAUGGUCGACGAAACAGAAAAGUGCUGACGAUGGGCAUCGCAGGAAUAGGAAAAACGGUGUCCGUCAAUAAAUUAAUCCUUGACUGGGCUGAAGGAAAAGAAAAUCAGGAUAUUGCCUUAAUUUUUCCUCUUCCGUUCCGUCAGCUAAAUUUGAUCAGAAAUAAUUUCAGUCUAAUGGGACUGCUUCACAAAUACUUCUUUAAUGAUCCUAAAGAACUGCCCUCUUUUCCUGAAGGUGAUGGUAAAAUCAUGUUCAUCUUUGAUGGGCUGGAUGAAUGUCGCUUCCCUUUGAGCUUUAUAAAGGAUGACAGAUGUACAGAUGUUCACAAAGAAACAACAGUAAGUAAGAUAAUUACAAGCCUGAUCAAGAAACAUCUGGUUCCCUCUGCUCUCAUCUGGAUCACAUCCAGACCAGCAGCAGCCAGUCUGAUACCCCGAAACUACAUUGAUCAGGUGACAGAAGUGCGCGGAUUUAACAAUAAGCAGAAAGAGCAAUACUUCAACAAAAAUAGCAGUUCUGAGGUUGCUGGAAACAUCAUCCGUCAUAUAAGGAAAUCUAGGAGCCUGUACAUCAUGUGCCACAUCCCCAUCUUCUGCUGGAUCUCUCUCACUGUUCUUAAGCCUCUACUGGCUCAAAAGAGUGAUGACAAAACUCCCACAACUCUCACAGGGAUGUACACAAACUUCUUACUUACUCAGCAGCAACAGAUGAAAGCAAAAUACAGUUAUGAUCCUGAAACUAAAGCCAAUGCCAGGUCUUUUGAUCAGAUUAUUCUGAAGCUUGGGAAACUGGCCUUUCAACAGCUGGAGAAAGGAAACCUGAUUUUCUACAAAGAAGAUCUUGAGGAAUGUGGCCUAGAUGUCAAUGAAGAGAUGAUAUUCUCUGGGUUAUGCACUCAGAUCUUUCAGGAGGAAAAGGCUAUUUCAGCAAGAAACGUUUACAGCUUCAUACAUCUCAGCAUCCAGGAAUUCCUUGCUGCUCUUUAUGUGUUUUUGAUUAGCAAAAAAAAGAAAACAAACCCAUUUCUUGAAUCCUGGAGAGAAAAACUGAAAUGGAAUUUCUCCAAAAAGCCACUGUUUAAACUUCAUAAGGCUGCAAUCAACAAGGCUGUACAAAGCGAGAACGGACACCUGGACCUUUUCCUCCGGUUCCUUCUCGGUCUCUCACUGGAGUCUAAUCAGAGUGACCUGAAGGAACUACUGCCAAAACUGAAACUGAAAGCAGAGAACGUUGAAGACACUGUUGACUAUAUCAAACAAACAAUAGAGAUGGAGAAAUCAGUGGAAAGGACCAUCAAUCUCUUCCACUGUCUGAGUGAGCUGAAAGAUGACUUUGUGAAGGAAAUCCAAAAGAAUCUGAGCUCAGGAAAUCUUUCAGCACAGAAUCUCUCCUCUGCUCAGUGGUCUGCUCUGGUGUUUGCGCUCCUGAUGUCAGAAGAGACUCAAGAAAAGUUUGAACUGCAGAAGUACAGAAGAUCUGAUGAAGCACUGAUGAGACUGCUGCCUGUGAUCAAAAACACCAGAAGAGCACUGCUACAGUGCUGCAAUCUCACUGCUCAGUGUUGUGAGAGUUUAUCUUCAGCUCUACAAAACUCUGCCCUGAGAGAGCUGGACCUGAGUAACAAUGACCUGCAGGAUUCGGGAGUGAGGCUGCUCUCUGAUGGACUGGAGAGUCCAAACUGUCAGCUGGAGAUACUGAGGUUGUCUGGCUGCAUGGUGACAGAGGAAGGCUGUCGUUAUGUGUCUUCUGCUCUGAGUUCAAACCCCUCACACCUGAGAGAGCUGGAUCUGAGCUACAAUCACCCAGGAGAUUCAGGGGUCAAGCUGCUCACUGAUAAACUUAACCAUCAAAACUACACACUGGAUAAACUCAAUGUGGCUCAUGGAGGAGAGAUCAGGAUUACAGCAGGACCACGCAAAUAUUCCCAUAAGUUCACUCUGGAUCUGAACACAGUGAAUAAACUCCUCCGUCUGUCUCAGAGGAACAGAGUGAUUACUAACACUGACACAGUCCAGCAGUAUCCUGAUCAUCCAGACAGAUUUGAUCGUGUGUCUCAGGUUUUGUGUAGAGAGAGUGUGUGUGAUCGACGCCGUUACUGGGAGAUUGAGUGGAGUGGUAAAUGUGUGUCUAUAUCAGUGUCAUAUAAGAGCAUCAGCAGGAAGAGAUGGGGUGAUGAGUCUGAGUUUGGAAAUAAUGAUCAGUCCUGGAGUUUGUUCUGCUCUUCUGACAGUUGUGUAUUCACACACAAUAACAGAGGGACUAAACUUCCUGUAGAGUCCAUCAGUAGAGUAGGAGUGUAUGUGGAUGAUGAUUUAGAGUCCAUCAUCAGUAGAAUAGGAGUGUAUGUGGAUCACAGUGCAGGAACUCUGUCCUUCUACAGCGUCUCUGGAGACACAAUGAGCCUCAUCCACACAGUCCAGACCACAUUCACUCAACCGCUCUAUCCUGGGUUUAGAGUUUAUUGUGGAUCAUCAUUGAAACUGUGUUGAUGAAUCAGAAUAGACUGUAGAGCAGGGGUCGACAAGUAAGUUUGGCAUCGGGCCAAAAAAAUUUACCACUAGAUGGGGGUCCAGAACACAGUAUGAUAAUUUAAGAAAUUAAUUGAUGAAAAAUGCAUCUAGAAUUGCCUGUGACAGACUGUUACAGUGUCUUUUGUAACUGGUAGUGAGCUGUUACUCUGUGUUAAAUCCUGUAGUAGGACAGUCAUUAACAAAAAGCCACAUUGGUGUAGCGGUGUCUGUAUGCUCGCUCCUCAAGAGGUAGAAUAGGGAAUAUAUCUCACUGUUGUGAUGAUGCACAUUUUGCGCAUGAUUUGUUAUUGACCUAUACUUUUCCACAGCUUCUUCUCUGGUCUUUUAAGAGUCUCCGCACCAGUAGAGGUGAUUCACAACACUCUUUCUCCAGGAAAAAACUUCUGCACAACCUCAAUAUUUCCCAAAAGCAUCUAUUUUCUUGGCGAGACCUUGGACAAUCAAUACAGAGGGCAUGUCAAAUUAGCUCAGAGUUGUCCUGACUCAAAUCUCUGCUCUUACAUCAUAAUGUUGCACUAUAUAACUAGUAAUUUAGUUAUAUGUGGCAAUAUUGUAAAUUGUUAAAAUAGCCUGUGAGGUAGAGACUAAAAUGCAUGUUUGAGCUGUUUUAACUGAAAGCAAACUUGUGAUAUUGAGUAAGUUUUCAAAAUAUAUAAAAUUGUUUAAUUUUUAUUUUUCUAAUACUGCAAAAUUAUCGAUUUAGAGUGUCACUUUGGCAAUUGUAAAUGCUGAAUAUGCAAAAUGUUUAAAGUUGUUAAUGUUUAUGUUCAGUCAUUACUAUGCAGAAGUCAUACAUGUGUUGACCAUGUAAUGUGCUGAACGGUUGUAAUAUGCAUAUACUUUUAUUGAUUCAUUCGUAGUAAAUGCAGAGACGAGAAGCCAU